AUGUCCAAAAAUCCAGACAAUUCCUCAUUAGGCAUUUUCUGUAACUGUAUCAAUGAUGAUUGGAAGCACCUUAUCUGUUCAUGGAGCUGAUGUUCAGUUGUUAGCCCUUUUGCUCACUUAGUGGAACAAAUGCCUGGUAUGUGACAGGUCUUUGAUUUCAAUCUGUGGUGAGGUACUAUUAAUAUCAUGGAAAUAUUAAAUUACCACAAUCUUAUAAAGUUGUGAUGAACCAUGGAAUGACAACAUGUUCACUGCUGAUGUUUUUCACUCAUGAUGAUACAGCUAUCAUGCAUCAAGUGGUUGGUUCCAUUCUGCCUAUUUCUUCUCUAUUUCAGGUCCCUCAUCAUUCUGUUUCCUUGCUUUCUGUGGAGCCUGCCUUACCUGUUGACAAUUUUGGCCAUCUCUUCCACCUCCAGCCUUUGCUUCUUGUUCGUUUUUCCCUGAUGAGGAACAGGUACCUCUGUUUCUGUUUGCUAUGCUCAUAACUCAGGGGGUAUUUCAGAAACAGCAGAUUCUGAUUAACCAGGCUUUAGGAGGUUAUCGAGUUGGUUCCCUACCAAAUGUUAAUCAGGGGGCUGGAGUAAGAUUAGAAGAUGCUAAACAAGGCAAUGAUCUUUUGAAUGAAAGAACAUACAUAGACAGAAGUAGGCAGCUCAUUUCAAGUGGGUCAAGACCAGUUGGAUAUGAAAAACAGUUGAAUGAUUUAAUGUUCACAAGUGGAGGCCAAGUACAUUUAUCAAUUCCCCCUGAUACAAACUGGAGAAGGACAAAUUCUGACUCAGCCCUACACCAUAGUGCAAUAUAUUUUCCAGAUAACAGUCCUGGAAUAUCUAUACCAAUGACUUCAAAAUACGAUACAAGUGAUGAAAUGGACAGUAUGCAAAUGGCUUCGAAUUACUUGGACCCUAAAAAGGCAGAAGAAAAUGUUUUCCCUCAGUUGUCUCAGUCCUUGCCAAAAUCUAGUGAAAUGCCUGCUGUAGAUAUUUAUCCUUUGGAGAAUGAAGACAGUAUGAUGCAUAUUGCAUUACCCAGCAACACAGGUUCUCUACCAGAUUUAACCAACCUGCAGUGUUUGUCUCCUCUGGCUGCUCCAAAUGACAUGGAAGAUCGCAGAAUUAGCUCAUCCAGUAGCCUACAAAAUUCUACACAAGCCUUUAUUGGAAACUGCCCCUUUCCUUUCUUUCCCCAGCAGCAACUUACACAAGUCAUUGAUUCUGGAAUUAAUGAAAUAGGUUUGGUACCCUCAUCAAUAAAUGUUGAACCAGGUAGGGAGCAAGGAAGUAGUCAACAUUCUAAUUGUGGUCCAUCUCCUUCUCCAUCUUCACGGCAUCAUCAUCAUUAUGGUCAAAAUAUUUUGGGGAUGGUUGGUAGUAGCUCUAGGAGUCACAGUCACCAGCACGGUUUUCAUACCUUGAAACAACAACUGAGGUAUAACCAACCUACUAGACAUGACCUAAUGCAGAUGACAAUGGAGGGACUGACAAAAGGAACAAGAGGACUUUCUUUAAGUAACUACUCACAGAAACCUGAACUUGAUGUUUACUCUCAAAAAGAUCCAUACCUGAUGUCUCAUCAGACUUCUGGGAAUCAGAUAGGAAUGUUGUGUCAGAACUCUGUAGGUUUACAAAAUAGCAGAAUACCAGCUGACCACUCAUGUAGUGCCCCUGCAUCACCUAUAGCUCACAGUUUUCCCACUGUUGAAUAUUCUGAACUUGGGUAUAAUCUUUCCUUGAGUAAAAACCCAUUUACUGACUCAGACUACCACUUCCAGCAGCAUCAUCAACAGACCAGAUCUCCUCAGCAGCAGCUGGAGCAAAUUGAUAUGUUUAAUAAGACAUCUGACCAGGGGAAACACCUGCCUAUGUUUGCUGACAGUACUUCACCUGGGUUUGGCACAAAUCAGAUUUCACAUGCUACUUCAGUGGCUGGUUAUGUGGAUACACCUGUUGAAUCAGGUGAUAAUAGUGCAGAGGAUAUGGAAGGAACUACAUUCCCCUUCCCUGAUUUUUUUACUCAAGACCUGAUCUGUAAUCCAAACAGUCUGGACAUGGCCUUAGAGUUUUACGAUAUGGAUUCCUCAUGCCCAGGUUCUGAGCUACAGUCUCCAUCUUUCUUAUCCACUUCAAAUGCUGUUUCAUCCAAUUUUAAUACCACACAUACUCCCACAAGUAUUCCUGAUAUUGUACUCACAGCUCCUAGGGGUGAGGAAUCAUUGAUGAAACAGGACUUUGUUAAUGAUCCAAGUUCUGCAUUAGCCAUGUCUGGCUGCUUUGACAAUGACUUUUUACCAGCUGAGGAAGCAUUAAGAGCUGGACUGGAUCCAAUUGACUUUGAUGGACUUCAGAUUCUCACAGAUCCAGAUAUUUCUGUUAUUACUGAUCCUGCUAUGGAAGAAACAUUUCGUUUAGAUUUUUCAUAGCGCACUGAUGCCACCAAAUCUUUUGUUUUUAAAAAGUUUGUAUUUUAAAGUAGUGGUAAUAUUGUGAAACUGGCUUUAUAUAUGCACACAGAGAAAGAAAGGAAGCAGUUGAGUGAGUAACAUAUUCAAUACAAAGAUAUAGGGAGAGAAGUUCAAAAAUUUACACAAUUUGACUAAUGGAAACGACAUUUAAGCCAGAAUAACUGUUAAAUAAAUUUGUUUCAAUUAACAUGGAAUCUUAAACCAAUACUAAGCUAAUCUAAAAAAAAGAUCUGAGAUCUCAGCAAUGUAUUUAUGUAAUUCACACAAUGUUUACAUAUAAAAUUAUAUUUUCUAAAUCUUAAACAGAGAUGAAUGUAUUAAUAAAUACAUUUUUUCUCAUUUUUAGGGCAAUUGAUGUAUUCUUUUCAUAAAUACACUUCAAUACACUAAUUUUAUUAAUUUUCAUAUAACUUAAAUUACUCCUAAGCUUGAAAAUUUAGAGUUGUAUGAACAACUUUAUUGGGUAGCUGGGAAGAAGGACAAUGUUUUGGGUAACUUGCAUGCUUCUUCAUCAUAUAAACGAGCACACAGUGACCUAAAAUAUUGUCAGUCCUCCUGACUACUCUAAAACAAAGUUCUGUAUUUCAGUAGAAAAUAUUGUAGGAAACUUCAUUUAAAAAAAACUUAAUAUUUGUAUAAUUUCCCUAAAAUCAUGGAAAGUAUUCUGUUUUUUAAUGAAAUUUCUUAAGAUAUAGAAUUUUGUCAAAAUUUCCUAAACAUAUAUGCUGCCCAAAUUUUUUUAUCUUAAGUUUAUGGACUUGUGUUACAGUAUAUACAAUAAGUGGACUACACUUCUUAAGUAUUACUCUAAUUUGUACUUGUCAAAUAUGUCUCUGAAGUGACAUUUUAGUGCUUUGAGAAGUUAGUUUCUCAUUAAUCAUAUUUAAAAGAGAAGCACCAACAGUAAUAUGUAAAAACUGAGUCAAAGUUGAAGAAAAUUCAAAUGAAGCUUAGUUUUAAUUUAUGAUACUAUACAUUUUAGUCAAUAAAUUUAUGAACAAAUUUUCAUAUUUUUCAUAACUUGCAAAGAUACAUUAUAUUUUUCAUGAAUCCUUCAAAAAAAUCAAUUGCACAUUAAUCUUUGGAAGAGUAAUGAAUAAUAUUGCAUUUAAAAUUAUUAUUCUUUACUAUUUAUGACAUUGGAAGUCACUGGAAAUUUGUAGAUGUACAUGGAUUUACACUGUAUGCUGUAUCAUUGGCAUCAAUUAUUUUUUUAUGUCUAAAGUUAGUGCAGAAAUAUUUUAAUAUUUUUGAAAUACAUGAUGCUUGCUCUGUUGUGUUUGGAAUUUUUAUCAGUAUUGUUUUAUUUUCAAGUUCGUGCAAUAUACAUAGCUAUAAUAUUAACACUUUUUAGUGAAUUUUAUGUGUGUUUUUAACAUUAUUUACACAAAGAAACUUACACACUUAUUUUCUUUAUAAAAACAUCUUAUUUCAUGGAUUUGGAUUGUUGUUAUUGUUAGGUUUUCAUCUCAACUUGAUUCUAGUCUACUUGAAAGUUUACUGAAAUAUGUUACCAGUAGUUUUAAAUGCAGUUAUAUUGAUACAUAUUUUUGUUUUCCAGAGUAUGUUAUUAAAACACUGUAGUAUAGUUUAUAUUUGAGAAUUUUGGGCUGUGCAAUGUUAUUGUUAUUAAACAAUAGAUAAGCUUUUUUUAUUUGAAUGUUGUUGUAUAU